AUGAAUUCGAUAUUUUGUCAAAGUCUCCUCUUACUGCUGGUUAUUUUGACUACAUGCCAGGCUGGUAAAGUUGCUUGCUAUCAAUCUGCCGUUCUUCUCAAGUGUCCUUUGAAAGCCUGUGCUGCAAUUGGCAAUGUCAGAAACGACGAGAUUUAUCCAAGUGAUUGUUUCGUUAUUGGGAAAGAUCCUGGACUAAAUUCAAAAUACUAUCGUAUCAAUUUACACGCUGGCGGGUACGGCUACGUACUUAGCAAAUAUUGUUCAGGCGACGUCGAUAUGUGUUAA